AUGGUUAUCCUGAUUGGUAGGAGGACCUCCAUGCUCACAAGCCCAGAGAAACUGCUAGUAGUUUCCGGCCGUGCUACUCUUGUCUCUACCAAACCUCAAUUAGCCUUGUUUCCACAGGCUACUAAUAGUCCCAUGCCUCCGGAUGACUCAGAAUAUUCUCACCAAGGAGAUCAUUGGGCGUGGUACUAA